GAACUUGUAUUUUUUUUUAAACACUCGGGGGAAUAAAUUCAAUUUUUGAUUAGACUUUCCCCCCAAAAUCAAUUAAUUUGUUGUUUAUGCAAAAUGUAACAGGCUGAUAGUUUCUCUUGAUUACGAGGCUGUCACCUUUAGGCAGCAUCAAUUUUUACGAUGAGGUCAAGACUUUUGCACUUCAAUUAGGUUUUCACCUUUUUUCAAGGACGUUGAUCGAACCUUAUUUAACAUAUACAAUGUCCUCCACUUUCUCUUUCAGUGUGGAGCACCUCCCUACAACCGGCUAAACACAUUUUCCUCCCGAAAAAUUGAAUUUCCCUGAUUUUCAUAGUCUCUUCAAAUCUCUACAGGUCAUUACAUUAAUUACUUUGUUUACAAGGCUGCUUGCCAAGAGGGACUUCUAUAAUUAACUUUUCCCCAGCACCCAAACACCCAACACCCUCAUUUCUAUCUCUAGGUAUUCACUUCUGCAUAGUUUGUUUCAGGUUAGCCACACACAGUGUAUGUGUGGUCUUUUCUCUUAAGUGGUCGACCAUUACCCCAUUCUUUUCCUAGCAAGGACAAUUUGCCUGUUUUGCUACCAUUCCUUGUCCAUAACACAGCACUUCUACCAAGAGCGCAAUGCUUUUGUUGCUCCUUAAUAGGCCUGCUCUAGAGGCUUCUCACCGUUUCCACAACCUCCUCAGGAAUGGGGCCUCAUUGGCCAUUACUUCCAGAUCUUACGCUGAUGUCAGGGGAAAGAUCCUGGCAAUCAGGAGAGAGGAUCAGUCAGUGUGGGAGCGAAGGGCUCCACUUUCACCCACCAAUGUUCGCAAGCUAGUCAGGGCAGGAGUGAAGGUUCUUGUUCAACCCUCCAACAGAAGAGCUUACCCCAUGCAAGCUUAUGCAAAUGCAGGGGCAAUCAUCCAGGAAGACAUCGGAGAGGCACCCGUCAUCGUCGGAGUCAAGCAAAUCCCCAUCGACUUUUUACUACCCAACAAGACCUAUUGUUUCUUUUCCCACACAAUCAAGGCUCAGGAAGCCAACAUGCCUUUGCUGGACGCAAUGUUGGAAAAGAAUAUCCGACUGGUUGACUACGAGAAAAUGAUGGAUGCAAACGGCCAGCGGGUUGUGGCUUUUGGCAAGUACGCCGGUGUGGCCGGCAUGAUCAAUAUUCUUCACGGUCUAGGUCUACGACUCUUGGCCCUCGGACACCACACCCCGUUCAUGCAUAUUGGGCCAGCGCACAACUAUCGCAAUUCGGGAAUGGCUCGCCAAGCCGUUCGUGAUGCUGGUUUUGAGAUCGCUAUAGGCAUGUUGCCCAAAUCCAUCGGUCCUUUAACGUUUUGUUUCACUGGAUCGGGCAAUGUCUCGCAAGGCGCUCAAGAAAUCUUCCAGGAUUUGCCGCACGAGUACGUCCCCCCGGACAUGUUGCAAAAGGUGGCCGAUCACGGAGCCACGAACAAAAUUUACGCCUGCGAAGUCAGCCGGCGCGAUCAUCUCAUCCGCAUCAAAGGCGGGCCUUUUGACGCCAAAGAGUACGACGAAUAUCCCAGCCGUUACAUCUCCGUCUUCAGCAAAAAGAUUGCUCCUUACGCUUCGGUUAUAAUCAACGGAAUCUAUUGGGCGCCCAACUCGCCAAAGCUCAUCACCAUUCCGGAUGCCAAAGUACUCAUCCGCUCGGCUCAGAGUCACCUUCCUUGGGUGCAGACGUCACUCGGCUCACCACCUCUGCCGCACCGGCUUCUUGCCAUUUGCGACAUCAGUGCCGACCCCGGAGGUUCGAUCGAGUUUAUGAACGAAUGCACCACCAUCGACAAUCCGUUUUGCCUUUACGACGCCGAACAGCACAAGGACACCAACAGUUUCAAAGGCCCUGGAAUUUUGGUCUGCUCCAUCGACAACAUGCCGACGCAGUUGCCCCGUGAAGCCACCGACUUUUUCGGCGAUUUGUUGCUGCCACACGUGUUUGACGUUUUACAGUCGGACGCCACGAAACCCUUCGAGGAGCACAAAUUCACCAACGUCAUUGAAGGUGCCGUCAUCACCAGCAACGGCAAACUCACCAAAAAUUUCGAGUACAUCCAGGACCUGAGGAACCAGCGAAACUUGGCAAAACACCGCAUUCUCGGGGAUUACGACGCUCAGACUAAGCGAGUGCUUUUGCUGGGCGCUGGCUACGUCUCGGCUCCUGUUGUCGAGUAUUUAACGAGGUCCAACGACGUUGUCGUCCAUGUUGCAUCCGCACUGAGAGACGAAGCAGACACUUUGGCUCGUCGUUUCCCCCGCACCGAGCCCGUCCUUUUGAACGUCCAGGAGCGACCUGAUUUGCUGCAGGAGCUGAUCGGCAAAGCCGACGUGGUCGUCUCGCUUUUGCCCUAUGCCCUGCAUCCGCUUGUGGCCGAGCAGUGCAUCGCCUCCAAGACCAACAUGGUGACGGCCAGCUAUCUCUCGCCGGCGAUGAAGGAGUUGCACCAACGGGCCGUCGAGGCCGGAGUGUCAAUCGUCAACGAAGUAGGCCUCGACCCGGGCAUCGACCACUUGCUGGCUAUGGAGUGUUUCGAAGAAGUUCACCAGGGCGGAGGCAAAGUCAAAUCAUUCGUUUCGUAUUGCGGCGGACUCCCGGCUCCAGAAUGCUCCGACAAUCCGCUUCGCUAUCGGUUCUCUUGGAGUCCACGCGGGGCUCUACUCAACACUGUGUCCAGCGGCCGUUUCCUCAAGGACGGCAAGGUUGUCGAGAUUCCGGCCGGAGGUGCACUACUUGAAAAGGCUGAAAAGUUGGACUUUUUGCCCGGAUUUGCCUUUGAAGGUUUCGCCAAUCGCGACUCACUGGACUACGUUGACCAUUAUGGAAUUCCGGAAGCACGCACCGUCUUUAGAGGCACGAUCCGCUAUGCUGGAUACUCGGACCACAUCCUAGGUCUAAUCCAGCUUGGCCUCAUCAGCCAGGAACCUCACCCGUGUCUGCAUUCCGGUGGGCCAGACAUCACUUGGAGGCAGUUUAUGUGCAACCUGUUGGGCAUCACCGACUACAACAUCUUUUACGACAACCUGAAGAACCAAUUAUUUGAGCGGACCGGUCGCAAUGCCAGCCGCAUCAAGGCCAUUGAAGAUUUGGGAUUGCUUUCUGAGGAAUUGGUCGUUAAGUACGGCAAUCCCAUUGAUACCAUUAGUCAAUAUUUGGCAAAGCGAUUGGCGUUGGGCCCAGCUGAUCGCGAUCUCGUGGUUUUACGGCACGAAGUCGAAAUUUUGUGGCCGGAUCAACGCCACGAAUUACGGGGCAUUAAUUUGGUUUGUUACGGCCAAUCCAGCAGCGCAGGCUACUCUGCAAUGGCCCGCACCGUCGGUUACCCAGCUGCCAUUGCCACCAAAAUGUUGCUGGAUGGUGAAAUUCAACGCAAGGGCAUGGUCUUGCCCUUCAUCCAGGAUAUUUACAGGCCAAUGCUGAAACGCCUCAAGGCUGAAGGCAUUGUGGCCGAAGAAAAGUCCACAUUUAGUUCAGCAGUGCCUGAGAAACCCAUCGUUCUUGAAAGGGAAGGUGAAAUAGCUUCUGUCAAAAUUGAUUCCAAGACUAUCGAGCACUUGGAGCGGCUCUCAUUGGUGGAUUUCGCCAAUCGUGAAGGCAUUCGUCGAUUAGAAGAAGCUAUUCAGUUCGCCAAUCAGAUACAUUCUGUAGAUACAUCGGCAGUGAAACCCUUGAUAAAUGUCCUAUACGAAGAGUACAUUCAAUCACUGAGAGAAGAUUGUGUGACUGAGGGUAAUAUCAGAGAAGAAAUCCUCUCCAAUGCUACUGUGACAGAAGAAGAUCCAAAUUUUGACAAAUUUUCAUUUCUUGGUGAAGCUCUGCAAAAUAGGAUUGAGCAAGAGUGGAUCAGAAGCAAUGUGACCCAAAAUUCAAAUGCCUUGCUCAUUAAUAGUGACUCUUUAAACCAAAUAAAUGUGGAACUUGUGCAGUUGUUCUUGGAUGCCCAAUCUCUCAUGGGAUCUAACAGUUCCCUUAGUCUAGCUAGCAAAACUUCUGUAAAGAAAACCUCCAAAGCAAUUAAAGACGUGACGGCCAUGGCGGACUUGAUUGAUGCCCUCCCGCAAACUCAUCUCAAUCUUUGCACUCUAACGCAGCCUGCUCUGAAAAAUGACGAAUUCAUCCGCCUCCAGAAAACGAGGCUUCGCUGGUGGAAAUCUUAUCUUCAACAGCCCGUUCUUCUCAACACGACGGGCAGCGCAUCUUUAGACGAAACGUUCGUGGAACAGAAGAUUGAAUUCGGCUCCCCAGCUCUGGGAUCGGAACCUUUUGAAGUCUUAAAACUCUACAAUCCCGCUGUGUUCGCUGAUUUGCAGUUGAAUGAGGAGACGAAAAAGUCAUUGAUGGUCAAGUUUCAGCGGAAAUCUUCUUGGCCGUGUUUGGUUACGUCCCAGGUGAAAUUGGAGUUGGCCGUUUGUUUCUUUCUUACAGACGCUUAUUUCACCCGAAAUAAGGCAUCCGUGUUAUCGCUGCAUAAGGCUCUAGCUCCGUAUGCUGUGGGCAUUGUUGUUGAAGGCUCCCCUACACGAAUGGCCGAAUUAGAGGAUCUUCGCCGCUUAAUGAGUCUCGAAUUCAAACAGUCAAGAAUUCCGGUCUUGCCAUUAAAUGCUCCUUGGACGACGGCUCAAUGCGACGCUAGAGGAAUGCCUUAUUUAAUAUUUCUGUCAGAUUCGACUCUUGAGCAAGGGAUAUGCGGUCUUCGUAGCAGAGACAACACACUGCAGGAACAGGUGCACGUAAGCAAUAUAGUAGAAAGACUAAAAAAAUUUCUGGUCUGAUCAUAACUUCACAAUAGUGCUGAAUACAAAUAGAAGCAGAAAUGGA